UUCACUGACAUGCUUGAAGUUUCGCGGGAAUCGAAAAUCAACAGUUUGGCAGAAGUCAGCGCGUGUCAUUUGUUUACAGUGUAUUCUGAAUAGCUGAAGACUUUUAUCACCAAAGAUAUGGACCAGGAGGAUUAUUUUACGCAAGAAGAUGUUGCUGUUCCCCUGAAGGAGCCGCUCGACUUAAAUGAGCUUCGGAACCCUUUGAGUGAGGGUCAGAGUUUUCAGCUCAAAGAGGAUUGCAUGGCAGCAGAUGAAAACCUGACCAGCAAUGCUUUCUUUGAACCAAAUGAUGUGCUGAAAAACUGUUAUAUUCCUGAUGAUGAAGAAGAUGAUGACACAGAUGAAGAUGAUGACGCCUGUCCAUUUGAAAAAAUGGCGAAGAAAAUGACGAAGCUUGUUGAAGAUGGUGGUGUUGUGAAAAAAAUACUUACACAUGGAGCAGGCAACGUUAUACCAGAGGGAGCCAUCGUUUCAAUUCACUACAAUGGGUUCUUGGAGUACUCCGAUGAGCCUUUUGAUUCCUCCCGGUUGCGAAAUGCUCCAAUCAAAAAACAGUUGGGAAAAGGACAACUUGUUGAAGGCUUAGAGCUAGGACUCUCAACUAUGAAGAAAGGAGAAUUGUCCAGGUUCAUCAUCACCUAUGAUUAUGCAUUUGGAAAACUUGGAUGUGCUCCUCGAAUCCCACCUGAAUCCACUGUGAUGUAUGAGGUGGAGUUGCUGAGUUUUAUUGAGCAUGCUGGCCUGGAUGAGUACAACUUUCUAACAGAGGAGGAAAAACGAAAUUUGAAAUUUGAUCAGCUGAGAAAAGUCUACAUUGAAGAAAGACAGCAUGGAAAACAGUUUUUUGAUGCCAACCAAUACGGGAAAGCAUUCCGUCAUUACAGGAAGGCUGCCACUGUGUUGGAGGAAUACCGACUGAAAGAUGACGAGGAGGAGCGAGAACAGCAACAGAUGUUACUCAAGAUGUACCACCACAUGGCGCUCUGUAGCAACAAGAUGACGAACCCCGGCCGCUGUAUCAACUACUGCAAGAAGAUGAUGGAGAUACAGCCCCAAAACGCCAGCGCCCUCUACUUUUAUGGAAAGUCACUUCACCAACAGCAGGAGUUUGAUAGAGCUCGUAGCUACUUGGUCAAGGCUCAGCGCCUGGAGCCCAACAAUCGCAGUAUUAACGAACAGCUAGCCAAACUGGAAAGGGAUGUAAAGAACUACAAAGUAAUGGAAGCCACUAUGUGCUCACGGAUGUUCUCAAAACCCAAGGGACAGACUGAAGAAGAAAAAGAACAACAAAACAACAGAAUAAUAGAAAAAGAAAACAAAGCUCUGAAAUGUUCAGAAGAUUUCACUAAUCUGGUGAAGACUAAACUAGUGGAGUUCCGUGAUGAUUCCAGCCUGUCGGAGAUGCCCUUUCCCUCCGUCAACUUCAGCAUGGGAGAGAUAGAGUGUAUCCUGGAGACCGCUACAGACCUAGGACUGGACGCCAAGGAGGUCGGAAGUGGUCAAAGUUAUCGGAUCAAGUUAUACAAGAAAUCAUAGGAUAUUUUAAAGACUUUCUGAAAAUGUGUAAUAUCGUUAUGUUAGAGCAGACGGUUGUAGGCAUCUUUAAAGCUGAAGGAAUGCUUUCCUGAAUUUGCGGAGGCUGGAAAUUAAAAAUGACUGCUGUUUUUCAUGGAUAUCCGAUUGUAUCUUCAGUAAGGGAUACGUGAAGGCUGGACAAGGACUGGACACAAUUGGAAUGUCUAGUGGCAGAGGAUAAUGUGAAGGUGCUGACAUUAAGGUCUGGGACAGAUGAUACUAGUAACACUGUUUAUGUUCUCACAUUGUGGAACUAUUGAGCAAAAUGUUAUAGAAAGUGAAGUAGAUUCAGGACUGUUUAAACAUAUUUGCAAAUAAGGGAUUAUGAAGAGUAAACUCCCUUUAAAUGUGUUUUACAAACAAAUGAUCCUGAAUGGGCAAGAGUAAACUCCCUUUAAAUGUGUUUUACAAACAAAUGAUCCUGAAUGGGCAAGAGUAAACUCCCUUUAAAUGUGUUUUACAAACAAAUGAUCCUGAAUGGGCAAGAGUAAACUCCCUUUAAAUGUGUUUUACAAACAAAUGAUCCUGAAUGGGCAAGAGUAAACUCCCUUUAAAUGUGUUUUACAAACAAAUGAUCCUGAAUGGGCAAGAGUAAACUCCCUUUAAAUGUGUUUUACAAACAAAUGAUCCUGAAUGGGCAAGAGUAAACUCCCUUUAAAUGUGUUUUACAAACAAAUGAUCCUGAAUGGGCAAGAGUAAACUCCCUUUAAAUGUGUUUUACAAACAAAUGAUCCUGAAUGGGCAAGAGUAAACUCCCUUUAAAUGUGUUUUACAAACAAAUGAUCCUGAAUGGGCAAGAGUAAACUCCCUUUAAAUGUGUUUUACAAACAAAUGAUCCGGAAUGGGCAAGAGUAAACUCCCUUUAAAUGUGUUUUACAAACAAAUGAUCCGGAAUGGGCAAGAGUAAACUCCCUUUAAAUGUGUUUUACAAACAAAUGAUCCGGAAUGGGCAAGAGUAAACUCCCUUUAAAUGUGUUUUACAAACAAAUGAUCCGGAAUGGGCAAGAGUAAACUCCCUUUAAAUGUGUUUUACAAACAAAUGAUCAUGAAUGGGCAAGAGAAAACUCCCUUUAAAUGUGUUUUACAAACAAGGUAGUAUGAAUGUGGUGAUGGAGUAUGACUUAAUCAGGGUUGUUCAGCUACCAAGUAGAUCUGGAUCUGGUGCUUGUUGACUUACCAGUAUCUGGAGCUAACCAAUAUAAAACGACCAUUACAAUGACGACAAUAGAAAGUAUCUCAGUUAUUUCUCACCCAAAUCUUUGCUUCUCAUGGAGACAAAGAGGAGGUGUGGUACAAAGUUGUCAUCACUGGUGCAGUUUGCAUUUGAGGAUUUUAUGAUAUCUGUUGGACUGAUGAGUAAAUCUCAUGAAUAUGAGAUACAGAGAACCUUUUUAGUACUGAAGUCGUGAUGUCAAAUAUAUGUCAUCAUCAUGUCGAGAGUGAUUCAAAUCGGAACAUCCAUACUACCAGAACAUGCUUAUAUGUACUAGUAGAGGAAGAAUCCUUUUGAGGGCCACAGAGAUUUAAAUGAUAUACAUGUACCUCCAUUGUAUAAAAAAGGUUUUUCAUAACAUUGGGUUAUUGGCUGUUUGUGAGGAGGUGGGAUGCACAAGGCAAUUUCCUACUGUGUCAUUAUGUGUGUGAAGUCUGAAUGAAAGUAAACUCAUACAAUAGAUGGUUUGAUAUGAUAAUUUAUUUUUGUCAGUCAAUGUUUUAUUCGACAUGUGUGUCUUGUUUUUACACCUUAAAUGUAAUGUAGAUAUGUUUUUAUAAACCUUUAUUUCUUCAUACACACAGUAUGACAUACUGGAAAUUAAUCAAAUGGCUUUGACAGAAGAAAACAGUUCUGCUGGAGUUCUUUUUAUGAUAUGAAGUAUAGUUUAACAUUGUAUGUAUAUGGGAAAGUCUCUUUAUGUCUUUCCUGGUUUUUUUUUUUAUUUAAAUAAAAAAAACUAUUUUGUAAGUUUGAUCUUUAAUUAUUUUUCUGUUCUUAAGGGUUUUAAUGAACUUUUGUAUAGCAAUUUUUGAAUAUUAUUUACUAUACCAUAAAGUGGUAGAUACAUUUUUCAAGUUCAUGGUUUUUCAUGAUGAAAAAAUAUCGUUAAUUGUGUAAUGAAAAAAUCCACAGAACAGAUAAAAUAAAUGCAAAAACAAUUGCAAAAAUAAAAAAAAACAAAUAAAAGGAUUUUACAUUAAUUUGAAUUUUCAUAUUCAAAUUUCAUAAACAAGAUAUAUUUGACUCUAUUUUUGUAUUCAGAUGAUUCAUAGGAAGGUUCAUUAUAUUUUUUAUUUUGUGAAGAAUAUAAGCGAGAAAAGUCAAAAGAAGUUCUCCAAUAGUCAAAAUAAUUUCAUCUCUGAUAUAAUUUUCGAAGUCAGUAUUUCUGUCCAGAUUUUCAUCGAGUCCGGUCGUCUGGUUACGUAGAAAUUAGAGCAUUAAGUUUAGUUUUAUUUUGCCUGAUCAUGAAGUUUUCAGACAGAUAUUAAAGGAAUAAAAAGUAAACCUACCAUUAUCAGAUUUCAAAUCAAUUUAGGACAUGGAUUUUUGUACUGGCAAAAGUUUCAGUUACUGUUGUUGGAGUCGCAUGUUACAUUGUACUGAAUAUUCUAUUGUUCAAACAUUCAAUACUGUUAUUUUUAAAGGAAAAAUAAACAUAUUCAUUUGAUUUG